UUGAAGCACUUCCAAUCGGGAAGAUGGGUUAUGCUCAUCUCCUCCUCACCCAAAUUACCAUUUUCUCCAAAGCCCACCUCCUCCAAAUCUGCAGCAGCUAGCGGAUAUUUCAGAACGUGCUCUGCCUCAGCUGACGCUUUGCAUAUCUUGAGACCAAGUAGGGCCUUGAGCAUUUGCUGCGCUGCCAGGCGGAGAGCCGUCAGAUAUGAUGAUGAUGGUGAGGAUGAGGAGGAGGAAGAGUACGGGCAUCACAAGGAGAUAGCAGUGUUGGAAUUAUACAGUCAGAGUGUGAGAGGGGAAGCACUUAUUGUGCAUGCAGUGGUGGAUGACCAAGAUGUGCAAGUGCUUAUCUUCAAGGGAUUCUCUUCAUGCUUGAGCUAUAGGACUUCACCGGACCCAUCAAAGAGCAUUCUUCCUGCAAGAGCAGUGAUAAAGUCUAUAGACAGGGUUAAAGGGCCUUUUGACCCUUCCAAUAUAGAAUACUUGCAGAAGGGCCUAACAUGGGAAGCGUUUAAGAGCACUACUCUACCACCCAAUUUACAAAUGUAUAUAUAGUAGAGAGAGAGAGAAAGAGAGAGAUGAAUGAUUUUAUUUUACUUUGAUUUGCCCAAUUUUACUAAAUUAAAUGUGAAUUCGAUAAUUAUGCAGAAA